AUGCUCCGCCUGCCCCUGGCGCUCGCCGCGCUAGUGCUGCGCGCCCUGCGGAGCCCGCUCAGCGUCCUGGGCUGGAGCCUGGCAAGCUUCUGGCCCCGGCUGCGGCUGGGGCUGCGGGGAAGCGGCCCGAGCCGCGGCCCGACCCCCACCAGCGUCAACUACCACUUCACCCGGCGCUGCAACUACAAGUGCGGCUUCUGCUUCCACACGGCCAAGACCUCCUUCGAGCUGCCCCGAGAGCGGGGGCUGGCCAUGCUGCGGGCGGCAGGUAUGGAGAAAAUUAAUUUUUCAGGAGGAGAACCAUUUCUGACUGAUAGAGGAGAAUUUGUAGGCAAAUUGGUCCAGUUUUGCAAGCAAGAAUUAAAGUUACCAAGUGUCAGCAUUGUGAGCAAUGGCAGCUUGAUUAGAGAAAGAUGGUUCAAGAAUUAUGGUGAAUAUCUAGACAUUCUGGCAAUUUCUUGUGAUAGUUUUCAUGAGGAAGUCAAUGCUUUAAUUGGCCGUGGGCAAGGGAAAAAAAAACAUGUUGAAAAUCUGCAAAAAUUGAGAAAAUGGUGUCAAGAAUAUGGCGUGGCUUUUAAAUUAAAUUCAGUGAUUAAUAGAUUUAAUGUGGAAGAAGACAUGAAUGAGCAGAUUAAAGCACUGAACCCUGUUCGUUGGAAGGUAUUCCAGUGUCUGCUCAUUGACGGGGAGAACGUAGGGGAAAAUGCUCUGAGAGAAGCAGAGAAAUUUGUUAUCAGUGAUGAAGAUUUUGAACGAUUCCUAGAUCGCCACAGAGAUAUCUCAUGUUUAGUGCCAGAGUCAAAUCAGAAGAUGAAAGAUUCGUAUCUUAUUCUGGAUGAAUAUAUGCGUUUUCUGAACUGUAGAAAUGGACGAAAGGAGCCUUCCAAAUCUAUUCUGGAUGUUGGUGUUGAGCAUGCUAUAAAAUUCAGUGGAUUUGAUGAGGAGAUGUUUCUGAAGAGAGGAGGAAAAUACGUGUGGAGUAAAGCAGAUAUGAAACUAGAAUGGUGACCCAAUAUAGUCAAUCAUGACAAUUUGCACUUUUUAAUACAGGCAGUCCUCAACUUGCGUUUCGAGUUACAACGUUUCGCACUUAUGUUUAUAAUUGACACCCCGUUUUAACUUUCUGAUGUCAGUUUCAACUUUACAACACUUGAUUUGACGCCAAGCCAUACCAGCAAAUAAGUUCACUGGGUCACCCAUCUCGCUGGAGAACAUCUGUUCAAACUUCCUUGGACACUUUCUUUAAGAAAGCAGACUAGACUCCAGAAAAACCU